GGGAGUCGACGUGGUACAACUUUCUUUUUUGCGUCAUAGCCGCGUUCCCACAAAACCUCAAGUCGUCAAGCUCUGGAAUCGACGGGUUAUCACCGAGAAGAAGCUGCACUUUUCCUGUUCAUUCGCCUUGUCCCGAAAAUUUCCCAGUCAUUUUCCUGGGUCCAGCCUCCCCCCACUCCCCUCUCUCCGGGGCCAUUCUCCCGAAUCCGCCCAAGGUCUCCAAACAAACAUCUAACGUCAGGGAUUCUCACGGGAAGAGUCAACGUAGGCAAAAGUUCGCAAGUGCCCGAUUGUUCCUGCGCGUGCCAAUUUUACGGGAUUGCAUUUGACGAUUUUCCGACGGCAAGUCCGAGUUGCGUCGUGCGCUCGGUGACUUAUCUCGCGAUAAAACUCGGCUCAUCUCCCUGUUUGGUUAAGUCGCCAUUUUAGUGCGAUUUGUGGACGGUGUUAUUGUUGCGUGAAUCCGUGCUGGAUCGGUCAAUUAUGUGUUUGAUUGAUAAUUUCGGAUCUUCUCCGUGUCUAGUCGAAUACUGAAAGUGCUAGUUUUCUACCUCCACCAUGAACCGGAGUGACGGACUCGUCCAGAGACGCAACGUUAUCAGGGAUAACUCCGAAGGUGGAACCAAAGAUAGGGACUCCCAUCGGGGAGGAAAUGAUAAGGAUGAUGAUGCUGAUGAUGGGGACUCCAAAGGAACAAGGUUGACCCUUAUGGAAGAGGUUCUGCUACUAGGUCUCAAAGAGAAAGAGGGUUAUACAUCAUUUUGGAAUGAUUGCAUAUCAUCAGGAUUGCGAGGCUGUAUCAUCGUUGAGCUCGCUUUGCAAGGUAAAGUGGCCCUGGAGUGCGCUGGCAUGAGGCGAAAGAGUUUGCUCAACAGGAAACUUCUGGUAAUAAACCCAGAGCCAACUGGCGAUGUCUUACUAGAUGAAGCACUCAAACACAUGGUGCAGACGCAGCCUCCAGAGUCUGUUCAUAGUUGGAUAGAGUAUCUCAGUGGUGAAACUUGGAAUCCACUAAAACUUAGGUACCAGUUGAAAAACGUUCGUGAAAGGCUGGCAAAAAAUUUAGUUGAAAAAGGAGUUCUAACCACAGAGAAGCAAAAUUUUCUGUUAUUUGAUAUGACAACGCAUCCUCUGACAGAUAGCAUUGCCAAACAGCGUCUCGUCAAGAAAGUCCAAGAUGCAGUUCUCAGUAAAUGGGUCAACAAUCCGCAACGUAUGGACAAAAAGCUGCUUGCAUUGAUACUCCUUGCACAUGCUUCAGACGUCUUAGAAAACGCUUUUGCUCCGUUGAACGAUGAAGAUUAUGAGCUAGCUAUGAAACGUGUUCGCGAGCUCGUGGAUCUCGACUUGGAAGCAGAAGCCAUGAAAGCGAGCCCUUACGAAGUAAUUUGGGCCGUGUUCGCUUGUUUCACAAAAUAAGAACAGAUUCUCUUGUAAAGUGCCAUGAUACAGGUAACAAAAAUGAACUGAAACUCAACCUCAUUUUGAACUUCAAUGAUCAGGUGUUGAUUUUCCUAUUUAUUUCCUAUAAUUGAAAACUUGUGGCCUGUCGAGAAAGAUUUUUUGCAUCCUUCGAACAGCAGGCAAGUGUGACCUCUGCUGUGCUGCCACAAGCGGUCUUUCUCGGAACCUCAAUUCAUCCUCCAUUAACAGAAGCAGUAGAAGGUAUCCUGAAACCCUCGGUUUAAAAUUGAUUUUACCUAUACGUUUUAUCUCUCAUCAGGAAAUUUUAGGUCUUUACUGUUAUGACUGUGAUUUUUGUCCAUCUUUAUUUUCCUUUAUGCUCUCAAAAUUUGCAGUUUCAGUCAGAAUAUGUUUUAAAUAUUUUCACAAUCUUCAAAGUGCCUUAGCAAAGAAUCUUUUUCUCCCCCUGUUGAAAUACCGGAGAAUCAUCUUUGUAAUGCACUUAAAAAGGAGUACCUAGAGAGCUGAAAGCCAGCUUGUAGCUAUCGAACUCCAAAAAGUGAGAUCAAUGACAUCGCAAUUUAUUCUGUCGAAUGAAAGAUUUUGGACCAACAUCACAUCUGAAUUUUAAAACCUUCUUUUAAAAGUUUUUGUUGCUGAAAACUAAGAAUGAUGUUUCAGAUCGUAAUUAUUUCUUUGUCCCCUUGAAAGUUAAAUCUAGAAGUUAGAUCAGUUUUUGUCCAAUCAUUUUAUCUAUGAAGACAGAAUAUGAUCGAUUAGCCCAAGACAAAUUAUCUUAUCACUAGAAAACAUUACCGAUUGAUUGGACGGUGUGCUGUAAUGUUUUCAUGCAAUGUUGAUCACAUCCUAAAGUUAUCUAGUUGGAUGCUUCAGUAUUUACUGAGAGCUUCAAUCUGUAUUAAUAGAUUUGUCAGAUCAUUGAAUUCUUCAACCGUAUCAACUGUUUAAAAAACUCAACAAUUCCAAUACAUUUUGAAGCCAAAAAUCUCGUAACAUAGAAAAUUUUUGUGGUUUUUUUUUCAGUAAUGUCCCAAGAAACUUAAUAAGGGUGCAAUAAGAUUGUUAGGUGCAAGAAUAUACUAUCAUGCCCCGGUUAAUGAAUUUUGUAACUUUUCCUCACCGCCAUUUAAUGCUUAACGUUAAAUUAACUGCAAUGGGAGAAGAUUUUUUAUGCAGUACAUUUGCACUACUGGCAGUGACUUGAAAUUCCACACAUUUUUGAAAAGUCAUAUGGUGGACUACCCGGAAUCCUGCUCUAUCAUUUCACACUGCCGUUAAUUUGGUGUAUGCUUUUUAAUCAUCGGAAAACUAGCUGUUUUUUAAACUGGACCUACCUCAACUUUAACAAGUCGAAAUGCUACAAGACAAAUGGAGCAGUCUAAGACAUGGGAGGCAACAACAUCUGAGGAAUGUUUGUUUUUAAAUCUACAAUUUGAUUGAAGUUCACAGAUUAUCUUGUUUUGAAAUAUUCAGCCUAACAACUUCACACAUUGAAUGUGUUCCUCCCUAAAAACCAACAAAUUUUUGAUUGAUUUGGCAAUUCACAGAGGUUUCGCAUCAGUUCCUAUAAAUGUUUCACAAAAUCUUUUGCACAAUACUGGCAGUUAUAUAAACAUUAAGUCUGUUUUAGAUAUAAUGACGUAACCUAAUUCAUGGAAACUUCAAUUGUGGUGCUCUUGUUCCAUGAAUAAACUAGGAUUGGUGCAAUAAACAUUUGAAUUAAAUUUAGCAAACAAAAACUUUUUAUCCUGCUCGUAUUUGCUAAAAAAAAAAUAAUAAAAAGUCUUUACUAAAUCACCAUUGGGAAGUCUCUGAAGUCUUAAUUAAUCUCAAGGCACUUGGAAGUGUAUUUACUGCUCCUGUUUUGAAACAGAUCCGUGAUUUUGUGCCUCAGACGAGCCCUACUAAUUCUGGGAUCUCUUUCCGAUCCCCUUUUUUUUCAAAUUGGCUGUUUCUUCAGCCUCCCGAACUUUUCGUUUUUCCUUCUCUCUCAAUUUCAUUUCUUAUUCACUGUCUGGUAUCUCAAAAACAUCUCUCUAAUGUUCUAUCAGCUAAAUUUACCACUGAGUUAAUGAAGAAUUUGCAUUUUUUUAUUGCUUCAUCUGAAAAUGCUUAAAGAGCUGACUUCACAGAAUUUUUAUAAUUUUUUUCUGAUACGAGAAAUAGUAUAAAAAUAGAUUUAAAAGUGAGAAAAUGCACCACCCAGUGAUGUCAUCUGGCAGCAUUUCCCAUUCAAACACACCCAUUCUAGCAGAUUGGGUCAUUUAGUCUUAUCUUCUCCAAUAAUUGUUCAAUUCAUGAACCAAGGGUAUCCUCGUCAUCAGUUUACUCAGUAGUUUCCACUUUAAGACGAAAUUCAUCAAAUUUCAGACACCUGCAAAUUCUCUAUUUUAAACUUACGCAAAAGGAAUAUUAUAUCAAAGAAAAUAUUAUUUCAAGUGCAAUCAGGUGUAAGUUGGCAAACGGAGGAUUAGCUGAAAGAGCACCUCUGGAAAAAGCUACAGAAUCGAAACACGAUUGAAAGAGAAUUCGAGAUUGAGAAACGAUUUAAUCAAACCAUCCUCUUGCUCCAACAUUGCUGGGAGAAGGGCGUAUUGCGUUAUGGUUAUGAUCGAAUUAUGCAAUUUAUCACUGAAGCCACAUGGUUUUUUUAAAUCUCAGAUACGUGUACACAAGGAAACUGGUUUUGAUCGGCCCAUUCCCAAACACAUGGGGAACCUGUGACUGAACCAGAACUUAAAACGCAAUCAUCUCAAAACCAGGGAUGCCGAAACUUUCAAAUCUUGUCGACAACCACUUUAAAAAUAAAGAAGCUUGCUUACAUUUGCUCGAAAUGCACGUUCUCUCCCUUAGGAACCGAAUUUAUAAUUGAAUAGUAAGGAAAAAAAUUACCCUCAACAUUUCAGCGAAAAAUAAAGAAUGUUAUAAUGGGGUACAAACUUCAUAAAAUGAGGAGGCUUUCUGCAUCCCUGAUCGACAGAGGGUACCUUGUACAAACAUCCCUCAUGCAUCCAGGUCUGCAGUAGCAAUUGAGCAUUUUGAUGUGACCAAGGAAAUUAUUUGGGAUCAUUGAGAAGGCAGCUAACACCUUCCCCUUCCAAGCAAUAUUUUUUUAAAUUCUAUAUUCUCUUCGAAUGUAGCUUCUCCAUUUUACUUUGGGAGGGGGGGGGGGAGAGAAGGCCACUCUAGUAGUAUUUCUCAUUCAAUCAAUGUUUUUGUUCACGAGACUGAAAAAUGCACGAAGAUAAAACUUAUAAAUUGAUUCAAUCUACCCUUUUUUGUAACUGCAGCAUUUCCCUGCCUAGAUAGAAUGGAACAGGGAUAUUCACUGUCAAGAAACACCAAUUUAGGAAACUAUGUUGUGUAGAAAAUACGGAAAAAGUUAUAUCUGGUUCACAAUGCUUUGAUCUAUAAAAAUGUGAACUGAACUUAGAGUUUUCCUUCCAAUAACACUCAAAACAGGAGAAACAAUUUUUUUUUUGUUAAAUUAUAAUGUCUCAAGUCACCUCGCAAUCUAAUUUUCCAUUACAAUGUGCUUUGACGGGGUGUUUUAAGCCAUCAGAAUGCUUUUAGAAAAUGAACGUCAAUUCAACUGCUGAGUACAUUGUCUCAGCUUGUCGCCCGGUUUUUCGUUGGAGAGGCUUACUUCAUCUUACAUUCUCCUUCCUUUCCCAGUAAUGCGGGAUUACAAUUAAUUCUACUUUGCAUUCACCUGAAAGGUGGCUACUUUUCUUUGAGCUGUCACCAUUCGCAAAUCUUGAAUGGUUAUGAUGUGUGUGGCACAGAAUUGCAGUUUCAUAGUUGCCACUCAAACACAUCUCUGCACCAAAUUCAACUGAUUGGUUUCAAUUUUUCUGUCACUGCACAAAAUCUGAACUAUGAAGUAAAUGGUCACUAUUGAAAAGCUCUCCCAAUCUUCAUCAUCAGAGGAAGGCUUUGUGUCAAGCUCUUACAAUGAAAAGUGCGUUAUUCACUAAGGUUAUUAGUUAAUUUUUAAGUUUCCCACUUUUAAUGGAAUAACUGUUUUUAGUUUCUCCAUAUCAAAUUAUCGUCUGUAAGAUUUUCUGUAUGUCAGUGUCAUGUGUAUGAAAGUGUGAUAUGAAUGAAAAACUGUUAAGCAUUGUUUAAGAACCAAACGAAAUUUUGGUUUUUUUUUCCUCUUGUAAAUAGAAUAAUAAUUUCUUUCUUUCUCUGUAAAUAAUUGUUACUAGUAUGAAAGGAAAUUCGCUUCUCGUAUAGUUUAGAUAAAUUUAUACGGAUAAAAUUUUCUUCUAUCGCAAUGUUCUUUGAACUAUAAAUAUUUUGUAAAUAUAUAUUGAAAAGAAA